UAGAGGGGGACGCUGUGUGCGCAGUGCGCACGCAGACUUCCCUUCCCCCCUGCGCCGUCAGGCCGGGGCGGGACAUUUAAAAAAAAAUAAUAGUAAAAAAUAAAAAAAAUCACGGCAAAAUCCAGCGGCACCACGGGCAGUGCUGAACGGCACACACGUGUGCCGCGGCACCGCGGUUGGGAAUCACUGCUAUAUACUGACCCCCAUAUAUAUGAAUGUAUACUAUAUACUGACCACAUAUAUAUGAAUGUAUACUAUAUACUGACCCCCGUAUAUAUGAAUGUAUACUAUAUACUGACCCCCAUAUAUGAAUGUAUAUUAUAUACUGACCCCCAUAUAUAUGAAUGUAUACUAUAUACUGACCCCAUAUAUAUGAAUGUAUAUUAUAUACUGAAACCCCAUAUAUAUGAAUGUAUACUGUAUACUGACCCCCAUAUAUAUGAAUGUAUACUAUAUACUGACCCCCGUAUAUAUGAAUGUAUACUAUAUACUGACCCCCAUAUAUGAAUGUAUAUUAUAUACUGACCACAUAUAUAUGAAUGUAUACUAUAUACUGACCCCCGUAUAUAUGAAUGUAUACUAUAUACUGACCCCCAUAUAUGAAUGUAUAUUAUAUACUGACCCCUAUAUAUGUGAAUGUAUACUAUAUACUGACCACAUAUAUAUGAAUGUAUACUAUAUACUGACCCCAUAUAUAUGAAUGUAUACUAUAUACUAACCCCCAUAUAUGAAUGUAUACUAUAUACUGACCCCCAUAUAUAUGAAUGUAUACUUUAUACUGACCCCAUAUAUAUGAAUGUAUACUAUAUACUGACCCCCAUAUAUAUGAAUGUAUACUAUAUACUGACCCCCAUAUAUAUGAAUGUUUACUAUAUACUGACCACACAUAUGAAUGUAUACUAUAUACUGACCCCCAUAUAUAUGAAUGUAUACUAUAUACUGACCCCCAUAUAUAUGAAUGUAUACUAUAUACUGACCCCCAUAUAUGAAUGUAUACUAUAUACUGACCACACAUAUGAAUGUAUACUAUAUACUGACCCCCAUAUAUAUGAAUGUAUACUAUAUAUUGACCACAUAUAUGAAUGUUUACUAUAUACUUAGCAACCAAUCAGAUCGCUUCUUUCAUUUUUGAAUAGGCCUCUGAAAAAUGAAAGAAGCAAUUUGAUUGGUUGCUAUGGGCAACUCAGCAGCUUUUCCAGGAAAGUAAAGUUUAACCACAACACUGUAACACUGUCCACCCUGGGACUCGAACCAGUGACUGUUUCCCAUCCCACUGUACUGCCGAGACGGUCCUGCUUAUCUUACAUGCAGUGAGAUCCCCAUAGACCACAAUUAGCCUAUUGGUUUUAUUGGGCAAAAAAUCAGAGUUGAUGCACUAGUCACAGUUCUCUAUACCAUUAAUGAAGGGAGGGCUCAAUAUUCGCAAAUUUGCGCAUAUGCGCAAAAAUUUUCACAUAUGCGCAAAAAAAGCGAAUAUUCGUAAUUAUGAAUAUAUAGUGCUAUAUUUGCAAUAUUCGCAAAUUCGCGAAUAUGCUAUAUUCGCGAUUAAAAUUUGAAUUGCGAAUAUUCGUGAGCAACACUAGUCGCUGCAAAUACAGUGAAGGAGUUUAAACAUGCAUGGGAUAGGCAUAAGGCUAUCCUUCAUAUAAGAUAGGGCCAGGGACUAUUGAUAGGAUUCAGAUUAUUGGGCAGACUAGAUGGGCCAAUUGGUUCUUAUCUGCCGACACAUUCUAUGUUUCUAUACUGUAUGGAUAUCAGAAAAAUGGUUCCAAGCUCUUAUUUCUUUAUUAAAUUCACUACUUUGGGGCAGGAAAGCACGAGAAUGAAAUAUGUUUCUUUAACGUUAGCUGAGCACGAUGGGGGUUGGGCACUUUUUUUUUUUUUAGGUACUUUUUAGCACUAAAAUUGCAGACUAUUAUGAGAAGGAGGGAAAAUGUAGUCCUAUUUUUUCUCUCUAAGGGUAUGUUCACACUACGGAAUUCCCGCGGAAAUCCACGGGCGGAAUUCCGCAAGCCGAAUUCCACGGGCGGAACUCCGAGAGCCGAAUUCCGCGGUGUGAACUUAACAUUAAUGUGAAUGGGUUUCCGCGAGAGCCGUUCACACUGCGGAAUUUCAGCGCCACUGAAAUUGUUCCGCCCAAAGAAAGAACAUGUUCAUUCUUUGCACGGAAGUCCGCGAGCACUGCAUAGCUGUCAAUAGUGACGGCUCAGUGCCGCCCGGUCCUACCGCCACCGCCGGCUGCCAGUCUGAAUCUUCGCUCACUGAAUUCAGCGAGCGGAGAUUCCAUUCACACACUGUAGUGUGAACAUACCCUAAUGGGUCGUUAUAAGGAUAUUUUUGAGAUUUUGGAAGCUGGGAUACUAACUACACCCAUGCAUAUCUAGAUAAUUAAGUAUGGGAGGAACUUAAAAAAUGUUUAAAAUCACAUGGAGAUUUGACUUUACUUCAUUAUGGUCAAAUAAAGCACUUAAAGAAUUCCUUAAAAUUAAAGAUUCACUCUCAAUCAAUUAUACGCUUUAGGUCAAAUAAAGUCGUUUGAAGAGAUAGCCCAUAAGUGUGUGGGGGGAAGACAAUCAGAAACAUUGUUUUUAACAAAUAAGUAACACAGAUCAUAAACCAAUAAAAGGAGAGAUUGGAGAUUUCAGGGAUUCUAUAUAUAAGAAAAGUUUAAUUAGACUAUUUCCUUAUGCGAAGUUGCUGUCUCGGCAUGCUGGGAGUUGUGGUUCUGCAGCGGUUGGGGGUUCACAGCUUGAAGACCACUGCUAUAGAGGGUGCAAAUGUAUCUGAGCCCUGGAACUCAAAUAAUGUGAAAUAUGAGAUGAUCAAAAUGGAGCCCCUGCACUAAUUACUUGGGUUCUGAGGUCUGUAAGGUCCAUAGUAAAAACAUCAGGUUCUGUCUAUAGCAGAUACUAAAUCAUGGCAGCUCAAAGAAACAAGCAGUCAUUCUGACAUGUCACAUGUGAUGUCAUAGACAGCUGGAGGCCUGACAUUCCACUGACAGCCGCCCGAGCCUUCAGUCAGUUCCAGUGCGAUUAGUGAGAUUAGCGUCUUCUUCUUCUACUUGUCUGAAAUGGAGCUAAAAGGACUGGGGUUCGUCCCCCUCCUGUUGGCGUUUUGGUGUGCGGUCUGGCUUGCCACCAGCUACAUCAUGACGGUCGUCCUCGGCCAUGCAGCCUCGCCACUGAUGAGCAUCAGUGACGUGGGAAAUGUCUUUCCCGAAAGCAUAUUAUUCAGAAUUGGAUUUAUAGGGACGUCCAUUGGCACUUUGGUACUAACCUUUCUUAUUUAUAAGUAUAUGGUUAUGCAUACUGAAGAGUUCAGGGGUCAUCAGGUCCUGAUCCAGAGGAUCCUGCUGGCCAUUGUGUGGGCCUCCUGUUUUUCCACAGCUGUUAUGCAUGUAUUGUCCCCCGAAGAAUAUCCCAGGAUACACUUUGUCAGCACGAUAAUUUCCAUUACAUGUGAAGCCUUAUACUACCUUGGGCAGUCCAUCCAGAUGUAUAAAUUACCAGGAGCAAAAAAAGUCAUCCACCAUAGUAGAUGCACCUGCUGUGGCCUGACUUUUGUCUGUGUAGUUUUCUAUUUUGGAUAUGAAACAUUAAAGGAAUUAUUCCAUAAUGAUGAAGACUGGGACGAGAUCCGUGAAAUCCCCAUCAUAAUCAUCGAGUGGGUGAUGCUUCUACUGAUCCUGAUAAACAUCGUGACCUAUUAUUCCACCAUGCAGAGGUUAUUGUUGACCGUCUCCAGAAACAGCUGCACACUCUCUCUUAGAGUAAAAAUUGAUGACUUCGGGGUGUAGACCACCACGGGGGCCAUCAAGUGGACUUCUGGGAGAGAUACUGCACAGGACACGGAAAACAUCUAAAGAAGAAUAACUGGGGGACUACAUAUGGUGCCAGUAAUCAUGACACAA